AUGGGUAAGAAGACAUCUCGCCCACCCACCAAGGUUGGAACGGCUGCAUCACCAGCUUCGGGCCUGUCACAGUCUGGUAGCAAGUCUUCUAUCCUACGGUCUGCUUUCUCUCCAUCAGAGUAUCAAUUGGCCUUAUUCGCCUCCGUCAUCCAGGGCCUCGAUGGCCAACAUCUCCGCAUUCACGAUACCAAUACAGGCCGACUACAGUGUGAGCAUGCGUUGGGACCAAAAGAAAUUGUGACUUCACUGGACUGGGGAUACUACAACAUCCAGGGAAAGCCCCGCGACCCGUCGAAGAAGAAGCGCAAGCGCGGAUCUAAUGUGAACGAUGGUCUGGACCAAGGAGAUGUCGUCGUCGCGUUCGGCACCAACACUUCCGACAUUCGCAUGUUUUCACCAUCGGAGAACAAGGUGGUUGGUAAUCUCAACGGUUUGCAUGAUAAAGGAAUCAAGGACUUCAAGUUCACUGCUGGACGGCCCGCGCAAGAGGCGUGGAGUAUCGGCGGUGACAACAAACUUGUCCAGUGGGAUUUGAUCACCGGAAAGAGCCUGAAGACAAUUCACUUGACAGGAUCGUCUGUUUUCAGUGCUCUCUCACGCCCUGUCCCCUCGAACUUGCCCGUCAUUUGCGCAUCCCAGACUCCAUUCUUGAUAGACGCGGAAAACUCCGAAAAUGAGCCCACCAAGUUCCCCGCCAUGCGCAAUCAGAUCCACAGUGUUGUUUCUUCAUCUCUAGAGUCCGCCGGCACCGGCGCGUUCCUUGCAUCCGACGGCGACCGUUUCAUCAACGUCUUCGAUGCUGCAAGCCAAAAGCUCGUGCGCAACCUAGUGGCCGAUGAGAAUGUGUCAUCCGUCUCGCUCUACACAGCUGCCAACACUUCACCCGAGAAGCAAGUCCUUGCCGCCAUUACCGAAGAUGGCACCAUUGAGUUCUUCACAAAACCAUUUGUCCAACCGCAGACUGCCCAAUCCUCUAGCGCCAAGGCGAACCGGAAACAAAUGACUCAAAAGGCAGAUGCCUCGCUCAAGAUUGUCCGCUCCGAGUCCUCAAAUGCCUGCGUUCCUGUUGUAUCAAGUUCGUUCCAGGGUCACGAAAUCGUAGUUGCUUAUGCUGAAGGUGGUGUAAUUCCCGUCUUUGAGCGCGUCAAGUUCCUUGAUGAGAGUACCGAGGAGCUUGCCUUCACUGGAAUCAAGGCGGUAGUUAAGAGCAAGUCAAGCUCUGCUGUUGCAUCAGUGACAACUAAUGGCGCCAAGGACGUCAGUGAAAGCCGCGUGAACGAGACAUUCACGGUUGUAGAGUCUGGAAACACUAUUGAUGACGAUAUUGAGAUGGAAGAUGACAACGAUGCCGCCUCCGUAUCCGGUAGUGAGGACUCCGACAACGACGACGAUGUUAAGCCCACACCUACAGAGAAGAAAGUCAAGGCCAAGCACGUCGCACAAGAUGAUGAUGUUGAGAUGAAAAAUGCCGAGUCAGAUGACGAGGAAGAGGAGGAGGAGGAGGAUGGUAUGGAGCCAUCCUUCGGCGAACUUCUGCGCGCCAGCGGCCACGAAGUUGACGUGGAGGCUGAGCUCGAGGAGGAUGUUAAUAUGGGUGCUUUGGUGCCCGGCAAGCCCGUGGCAGCAGUGCAACAGAUCCCCACCGGCGUGUCACUAGCCACAGUUCUCACACAGUCCCUCAAGACAAACGACAGCGGCAUGCUCGAGUCCUGCUUCCACACCUCCGAUACCAAUAUCAUCCGUUCCACCAUUCAGCGCCUCGAAUCUUCACUCGCCGCUACUCUGCUCCAGAAGCUUGCUGAGCGCCUUUCCUCCCGUCCUGGUCGCUACGGCCACCUCCUUGUCUGGGUACAAUGGACCUGCGUCGCCCACGGUGGUGCACUGGCCGGUCACCCUGAACUCCUUAAGCGCAUGGCAAAUCUGCACAAGGUCAUGGAUCAGCGGUCAUCAAGCCUGCCCUCAUUGUUGAUUUUGAAGGGCAAACUUGACAUGCUCGAGGCUCAAUUGGGCCUACGAAACGCCAUUAGCCGCGGUGACGAGGGGAUGGACAGUGAGGAAGAAGACAAUGUGAUAUACGUCGAGGGCCAAGAAGACUCAGACAGUGAGGUGGAAACAAAGACCCCGCGCAAGUCGAUCCGUGAUCAGGCAUUCGACGAAGACGAGUCAAUGAUGAAUGGCGUUGUGGAAGAUUCUGACGAAGACGAUACCGGCAGCGACGAGGAAGAUGAAGACGUAGAAGCUAUCAUGGACAUCGAGGCCGAGGAAUCAGCCGGCUCUUCCGAUGCCGACGAAUCACUGGAGGAGAACGAGGAUGACGAAGACGAAGAGGACAGCGAUGGCUCCUUGGUUGACUUCAUUGCCGACACGGAGGACGAGGACUCCGAUACUCAGGCCCAGGCCAAGGCGAAAAAGAACAAGCUCAUCAGAAAGCCCAGGGCUAGCAAGAGAGCC